AUGCCAAUAAAAGCUACAUACUUUGAUUAUUCACAUGUCAAUUGCAGAAAGUCCCCUAGAAGUUACGGUCCCUUUACUGUGGAGGAACGUCCUGGAGAGCAGUGGAUUAGCUUGAGGAGGAAGUUUGGGGAUAAAGAAAACAAUUUGGAGAUUAUGUGUUCUGCUUGGCCUAAUAAAAUUGAGAUAUCCAAGCUCUGUGUUCGUAAAGGGGUUAACAGUUCACCUUCUUUCUACGAUGGACCAGAGUUUGAGGAGUUGGAUGAUGAGCUUCAAGACGCUCUCUAUCAGUUUUUAGAGGAGAGAGUUAUAAGCGACGAACUUGCUGUUUUCUUGCAUCAUUAUAUGAAGAACAAAAAAAAAUCGAGAACAAAGCUUGUUGCUUGUUGCUUUUCUUUGAUUCGAUAUGAUGGUGAAACCGCACGUGGAAGUCAGAGAGAGCGUGACCGUGAAAGAGCCGCGGCUCGUGCUGGAGGAAAAGGAAAGAAUGCUGACGACGGAUUGACGCCGGAGCAACGCCGUGAAAGAGAUGGAAAAGCAUUGCAAGAGAAAGCAGCCAAGAAGGCUGCACAAGCUGCUGCUGGUUCUGGUUCUGGUGGAGGAGCAGGAGGCAAAGGAACUGCUAAGAAGUGA